AUGAAUGGAUAUGCUCUUUCAGAUCGACAACGAGAAAUUGCUCAGGUGCUGGGCAGUCUUGAAAACUUGGACUUUGAACAGCCAGUGGAGUUCAUUCCUGAUGACCGAGAACUGCAGGCACAGCCCACAGUACGCAGGUUCAUCAUGAGGCCACUAUCAAUUCUAAAUAUUGAGCGUCAUGAUCGUGAGCUUAACCAGCUUAUUGUUUCUGACAACAUCAAGACUAACAAUAACAAGACUAAUAACGGUCCUGAAUUUAACAAUGGAAUCAAAGUCCAAAAGUCAGCAUUAAUUUUGGACACAAGCAGUCAUGGCAUGUCCAAGGCAUCCAUGUUCCCAGUGCUUAAGCUCUUCAAGUUGAGGCCCAUAGAACCUGUUGAAAAUCAACACCUGGAGUAUUCCUGGGGAAAAAGACUGUUGGAGACUGGCUCUUCACUUACAAAGAAGAGUUGCAACAACUCUUGGGUCAAAAAGUAUGUGGAUUCUGGCUUGGUGCAGGCUGUAUUCCUCACAUUUGAUGACCUCAUCAUAGAUAAUUUACGCUACUUUCAGUGGCCUCUUGGCCAGAGCAUAUCUACCAAUCUGCCUCAUCACAAUGAUCCUGGGCAACGCAAGUAUCGCUGCAGCUUGUGGACGAGUCACUCGUCAUCCACCGGCCAGCUGCUUACGCUCAUCCGUCCCUUCGUCAAACGCGGUGUUUGCUCACUCACACUCGUCGAGGAUGUGUUGAACGCUACCACCAAGUCUCUUUACUUGGAUUCCCUGCGGUCCGCUGACCUGGUCAUAUGCCCCGUCGGAGACAAUGCCGAGACGUCCGUGAUCUACGACGCUGUUGCUGCCGGGGCGUUGCCUGUGUUGCUGAACUCGCCUCCUGACGGUGGUGGAGGUUGCGACUCGUUCACAUUUAGGCUCCUGAAGGAAGCGGAGGCUCCCUUCAUUUGGCUCUACUCAUGGUUUGACUUACAAGAUGUCCUCGAACGCGAAAAGACACUAAGUGAGGGGGCCAAAGAUCGUCGCCGGCGCUCCAUGCUGCGUUGGUACGACCACUUCCAGCAGGUCCUUGCAAAGAGAUUCAUUCAGGUGCUGCAUCGGAGUCUGCUGAACAUUUCUGAACCUAAUUAAUUAACAUUUAACUUCAUGAAUUGUGCCACUAUUCAUGAGUUUAAAACUAUAGUAAAAACAAAGCAAAAUUGCUCGACGUGAAGUCCUUAACAUGCUUUAUGAUUAUAUAGAAGUGGAGCAUACAAUCUCCCCUUUCUCAUAUUAAAGAAAUAUAUAUAUCUUCACCCUCAUUUUCAGUUCAAAUUU